AUGUCUUUCUUUAAAGAGUUAGAUCACCUUAGAAUACCCUUUCAAGAUAUUGUAGUAGCCACCAAAAACUUCACAACCAUUAUCGGACGAGGAGGAUAUGGCCCUGUUUAUACAGGAAAACUCUCACUUUCCGGUAAUCUUACCCCUGUUGCUGUAAAGCGACUACCAUUUAUCAACCUUUCUGGUCAAGGGCUUAAAGAGUUCUUAACAGAGAUUAACUUACUCUCUCGUUAUAAACAUCCGAACCUUGUUUCACUUCUUGGUUACUGCGAGGAAGGAAAUGAAAAAAUCCUUGUUUAUGAGUACGCUGAGCAUGGAAGCUUGGAUAGGUACCUAAAUAAGUCUAAUACCACAUGUCCACUCACAUGGACGCAACGGAUCAAUAUAUGCAUUGAUGCAGCACGUGGUUUGGAUUAUCUUCAUAACCAUGUAGGAGCAAAUCAUAGAGUUAUCCAUAGGGAUAUAAAGAGUGCAAACAUUCUUUUAGAUAAGAACUGGAAAGCUAUGAUUGGUGAUCUUGGGCUUUCGAAAAUAGGUCGUGCGAAUGAGAAUGAGACUUACCUAAUUACAAAUGGUGGUGGCACUCAUGGUUACUGCGAUCCAACAUACAUUAAUACAGGGAUAUUAACAAAAGAGUCAGAUGUUUAUUCGUUUGGCGUCGUAUUAUUUGAAGUGUUAUGUGGUAGGAUGUGCUUCAUGGACGUAAUUGGCGAACAACGGCAUCUAGUCCCACUAGCCCUACGUUGUUACGAAGAAGGAAAAUUAAAUGUGAUUAUGGAUCUUGAUUCCAUGGACUCGGAAUCAGUGAAAGAAUUUACGGAUAUUGCAUAUCGAUGCUUGCAUAAUGACCGGAAAGGACGACCCUCAAUGAAUUUAGUGAUACAGAAACUUGAGAAAGCAUUGGAACUACAUGUAAGUUAA